AUGAGGCGAUCAUCUAAAGCUCUCAUCAUCGAGACCGGGUCGUACCAAAGUGAAAAUGAAGCACGAGGCAGCUUUUCAAGAUGUGAAACUGCUACCACGUCGAUUACAAGCCUGCUGAGCUUUCCAGGGCGACGACUUACGUCACGAUCCUUUUCAAGUGUCAGCUGUGUCAAUAGCGAAAGCGGCACAAUUUUAGGUGGCAGUGAAUUUUCGCGUAUUCUGCUCGAAUUACAUGCUGCAUUCCCUACUGAUUUCAGUGUUAUCGAGAAGUUGGAUCUGCUGGAACUGUGCUAUGAUAAUAAGGUUUUGCAUCACAAGGAGAUCGCAGUGCUAACCUUGGAGCUUUGGAAGAAUAUAGGUCAUUUGAAGCAGUGUGAUAUUUCGCGUUGUCACAAACUUUUUAAGGACAUCGGUGACGAGCUGUGCGCGGUAAAAGAGGGUAGAAGGGAGCCGUUAAAGUUGUACGAGGAUCAAUUUCACUGGGAUCUGACUAUGCUCCACAACCACGUCCUAAGUCCAACAUUGGAACAGUAUCGUAAGAAGCAGGACUUGAUCCAAAGCCUAAAGGUGACACUGGAACGUGCUGCGAAUGGCACCCUUCACACUUUUGGUUCGUGUGAGAACGGCUUGUGGGUACGGGGUAGCGACGUUGACAUGUGUCUUGAGAUCCCCAACUGUAACCACAAGCGUCAAUGGCUUUCUAAGCUUAACUUGAUACGUUCCACAUUGUCUAACAGCGACAUUAUAUCGCACAUCAGCAUCAUUUCUGCGAAAGUGCCAAUCGCCAAGCUUUACAACCGUGAUAACCACAAUUUUUGUGACAUAUCUAUCAACAACACGGUUGCACUGAACAACACCCGUUUUGUUAAGGCGAUGACUAGGCUGGACUUCCGUGUGGUUAAACUUGCAAGGUUCAUCAAAUACUGGGCUACUUGCAGGUGUAUAAAUAACCGUUCACAGGGCACCCUAAGUUCGUAUACACUUAUCUUGCAGCUAUUCUACUUUAUGCAAAACAGAUCACCUCCCAUCCUACCUCUUUUCAAAGACAUCGAGACCUCUAUCGAGGGUAGCGAUGAUGAAGAGCGUACUUCAUUUAUGACUGACUCGAGUGAUAUUUUUGCCAAGUGCGACUACCUCCAGCAGAACACGGAGUCUAUCACUGAGCUUCUUUUCGAUUUUUUCAGGUUCUAUAGUGACAAGAGGUUCCAAGGUGGUCGUCGGGGGGCAACUGUGGAUCUGUAUACAAACGAGAUAGCUGAGAACAACUUAGGUGUCUUAGUGAUGAAGUGUCCUAUUACUGGCAAAAAUGUGAACCCGUUCACUAUCCGUAUGUGGCAGAGCAUUUAUCGUGAAUUCAAGAGGGUCGAUGACUGCAUAAAUGAUCAGCGUCCCGUCAGUCAGAUAUGCAUCAAGGCCACGAAGCCUCCUUUAGAGAAGGAGGCAGAGUUACAGCGUAGUCAUUCGCUAAUGAUACGACAUAUUGUGUUGGCUGCGUGUGGUCAGAAACAGAAAAACAGAUCCAAAAGUGUAUUGAAAAGGACCUAA